AUGUUUCUGCUGCGAAUUCUAGGAAUAUUUACUAUUAUUCUGUCCACAAAAUCAGAAAUAGUGGACUUCGAUGACAAUAACAGUGAAAUUUGCUAUCUGUGUAUAUGCAAUGUCGAUAAAACCAGCGUGGAUUGUUCUAGGCGAGGCCUAACUAAUCUUCCUGCAGGAUUAAAUAGUAAGGUUAAAAAACUAAAUAUCUCCAACAAUGAAAUAACACUAUUUCCUUCGUCCUUAAGUACGUUAUAUAAUUUAGUAUCUUUGGACAUAAGCAGCAAUCACAUCAGUGACAUACCAGAAAAUGCUCUACAGAACCUGACAUUGCUUGAAGUGCUGAACUUAUCGAGAAACAAUUUUGAGACAUGGAUAAGUUUGAAUCCCAACGAAAUUCUCCAACAGACGCCUAGCUUGAAAAUUCUAGACCUCUCACAUAACAAAUUCAAGACCCUCGCCAAUUUAGCAAAUCAAGAACUCCUCAUUAGUCCCUCUCUCGAAACCCUUAUACUAGAUAACUGUCAAAUAGAAUCCAUCCAUGGCAGAUCACCGUUGAGUGGACUUAUAAAUAUAAGGGUUUUUAAAAUCAACAACAAUCCCUUGCUCAGAUUUCAAAAUCUUAUUUCUCCAACCUUAAAAAGUUUAUACCUAAGCAAUUGUAAGUUAAGUUACAUAAACCCCAACGAAUUAUCGUAUCUACCCUCGUUAGUUUACCUAAAGAUGUCACACAAUUAUCGAUUGGAAAUAUCUUCGACAGUCAACACAUUAUCCUCUGUAUCGUUGAAAUACUUAGACAUCUCCUACUGCAAUGUCAUUCAACCAAGUUUAAAAGGCUUCCCAAAUUUAAGGAAAGCUAUCAUCAACCACAACAUGAUACGAUCGCUACCAAGUAAUGAAUUCAUCAACAAUACUAAAUUAGAAUAUCUUGACAUGUCGUAUAAUAAUAUUGGUUCGAUUUCUAGUAAUACCUUUAGAGGAUUAAGUUCAGUUAAGUUUUUGGAUCUGUCUUGGAAUGAAAUAGCUCAAAUACCGGAAAACAGUCUACUCGAAAUGCCAUCAUUGACACAGAUAAAGUUAGCAAGGAAUUAUCUUACUAAUGUCGGGCACCUAAAGUCUACAUCUCUCUCCAUCAUAGAUAUGAGCUCGUGCGAAAUCAAUUCAAUAGGAAAAGAUUCCUUAGAAGGAUUGCCAUCGCUAAUCGAUAUUGACUUGUCGCACAACUUAAUAUCUCGACUGCCAGAUAGUCUUUCCUCGAACACGUUAAAAUAUUUGAAUCUUAAUUUUAACAGACUCAGCUAUAUAGGAAACUACACAUUCUUCAUGCUGCCUCGUUUAACUGGAUUAGGGGUUGUGGGUAAUCGUUUUACAAUCAUCUGGAGCAGGUUCUACUUCCAAUCCAAUCCUUAUCUGGAGAAUCUGGAUUUAACCGAUAAUAUGUGGCGUUGCGAUUGUUUGGAUGAAAACAUGUUUGACUUUUACGAAUACGUCACCCUUGAACCCAAUAAGAAAGAGGAAUCGUACAACCUGAUGUGUCAUAGUCCACUGGACGUUGUCGGACAAACCUGGUUAGAAGCGUGCUACUUCACAUGGAACCCGAGCGAAAGAACCACGAACGCAACGAACUUGAUAUGGUUCAUUAUCGUUAUGAUCGUAGGGUUGGCUUUAUGCCUCGUUUUAGUGAAUGGGAUUAAAUCUUCAAUGAACCGUCGCUUAGCAACCAUUCAAGCUGAAAGAGAAAGACAAGUAGAAGAAGCGAGAGAUCGACUGAGGCAGCUACGAAUACGCGCUGAACAGGAAGCUCUGUGUAACACGCCUGAUCCUAGAGACUUAAUAGCACCACCCACCUAUGACGAAGCUCUCUCUAUGCCGAAAUUAAACGUCUCUUGUCAUUCUUUAAACGAAACAGGUUCUGGUAAAAGUAGGAAGAAGAGGGGAAGGAGAAAAACUAAAUCGAGUGGAGAUUUACUCGAGGAGACGGAAAGAGAUGGCGACAUAGAAGACUUAGAAUUAACAGAAACAUCGGUCGAUAGCCGAAGACGGUGUCGAAGAAGGUCAAGGAAAUAUGGAAGUCAUGAGAUUGCGGAGUUAGAUCAGUCACCAGGUGUAAGGCGAAGGCUUAUGUCAGAUCACGAUAAUGAGAGUGACAAUGUAACGGUACAAGUUGAGGCCGAGUUGGAGAGACCACAACGGCCUAGAAACCGUCGGCAUUCGGUUACCGAGGUUCCAAGGGAAAGUAAUUUUUAG